GUGCUACCCAGGUGAGCAGCGGGUAGUGGUGUGCUUGAAACUCUCUUGCGGCUUGCUCUGCCGCCCUCCUGGGGAGGAUUCAAACCCGCUUCGCUUGUUCUUCUCCCUCUCUGUGGAAAUGAUAACUGGCUGCUGAGGAGAAGACACUGCAUAAAUAUCACACAGGAUUCAAGGUGACAGGAUACCCUGACAUCGAGACUAAAAAGUUCAAAAUGUUGGCUCUUUAGAGACAUCGAAAUAUUAGGAAGGUGUGAUAUCCAAAGCCAAUUAUGAAGACAUUUGUCAUUGGAAUUGGUGGCGUGACAAAUGGAGGGAAGACAACACUGGCUAAGAACUUGCAGAAACAUCUUCCCAAUUGCAGCGUAAUAUCUCAGGAUGACUUCUUCAAGCCAGAGUCUGAGAUAGACAUAGAUGAAAAUGGUUUUUUGCAGUAUGAUGUGCUUGAAGCUCUUAACAUGGAAAAAAUGAUGUCAGCCGUUUCCUGUUGGAUGGAGAACCCAGGAAGCUCCGAGGGACCAGCAGCCUUGGAAAGUGCUCAAGGGGUUCCCAUUUUAAUUAUCGAAGGUUUCCUUCUCUUUAAUUACAAGCCUCUGGACAGCAUAUGGAACAGAAGCUACUUCCUGACCGUUCCAUAUGAAGAAUGUAAGAGGAGGAGGAGUACGAGAGUCUAUGAGCCUCCAGACCCUCCAGGGUACUUCGAUGGCCACGUGUGGCCCAUGUACCUAAAGCACAGACAGGAGAUGGACUCCAUCACCUGGGACAUUGUUUACCUGGAUGGAACAAGGUCUGAAGAGGACCUCUUCUCUCAAGUGUUUGAAGAUGUCAAGCAAGAGUUAGAGAAGCAAAAUGGCUUGUUAUAACACCACACAGAUGGAGCACAGUCGUCCCAGAAUGGAUUCAGAGACAUGAAGGGGUAUCCUGAGGAACGUUAACAGAGAUUCAGUAUGUCCUGCAGGACAGUGACAGCUUGUCUGUAUGUUCAUUUUUAUCACCGUUUCCCCAACCUACAGAGCCAUGUGUGCCCACGCCACCAGACAGGAACCUCUCACGAAAGCAAGAAUGGCUUGAUCUCACUCUGUAGGAGACACAGCACAGUUCGUGCACAAAGGGUCAGUUCCUCUAUAGGAACAAAAGCCAAACUUUCCUGACUGUUACGUAGCACAAGGAAACCAACAAUGUGUGCUAUGCUGUGUAUGUCUCUUCAUUUGUGUGUAUAGUUUAUAUGUAUAUUUAUGUGUGUAUACAUAUACUCAAAUACUACAAAAUGAACCUUGUAUACUACACAGCA